AUAUUUCGAAUUUUCGAAAAUCGCAAGUGUUUAGAACUUCGAACAUAAAACAAGUCAACAAACAAAUUUUGACAGCAAAGAACCGAACAAAGAGGAAGAACAAGAGUCUUAUCCAAGCGAGCACAGAAAGAUGCUAACUAAAAUUUUUUUAAAUUGAUUAAUUAAUAUAUAAAAAAUAUAGAUUUUAUUUAUAUUUUUGAAUAACUUCCAUAUUGAAAGCCGCUGUGUGUUUGUGUAAAACGAUUAAAAUAAAAAUUUGUGUAGAAGUUUUUUCACGCAUGCACAGCAUUUCAGACCGACAACAUGGAAUCGACAAAUUCAACGACAACUACUAAUGUUGAAAAGCCUGUUCCAGAUACUGCACCAACAGCAGCAGCAACAAAAGAAACUCCUACAACUGAGGCACCAGUUUUGAAUACAACAAAAGAAGAAACCACAACUCCAACUGAACCAGAAGUGCCAGUUAAAGCAGCGGAACCGGAACCAGCUAAACCAACGGAUGCCAACGAAAGUGCAACUAAAGAAACAAAAACUGAAGAAAAAAAGCCAACAGAUAAUGCAGACGAUGCAGAUGAAUCGAAAUGGCAUACUGUAGGUAUUUUUGAAGGUGUCACAACUGCAGUGGUUAAAGGCUAUAUCGAUAACAAGGUAUGGUCAUCGGCUGGCCAGAAUCUGACAUCAGAUUCAUUGCCUGAUUUAUCGCAAAUGGCACGUAUUAGUUUGGAAUCUGGUACAAGUUAUCGUUUUCGUUUACGCGCCAUUAACAGUUUAGGCAGCAGUGACUGGGGUGAUGAGUGUAAUAUAAAAACAUGUACGCCAGGUUUUCCUGGCGCGCCAUCAGCAAUUAAGAUAUCAAAAUCUGCAGAAGGUGCACAUUUGACUUGGGAACCACCACCACAUGAUGAAGGUGACAAAAUCGUAGAAUAUUCUGUGUAUUUAGCUAUAAAAUCACACAAAGAUGCAAAAACUCAAGCACCACGUUCAACGCAAUUGGUCUUCGUGCGUGUUUAUGUUGGUGAGCCAAAUCAAUGCACCGUGCCACAUGCAUCGUUGGAGGCAGCACAUGUGGAUAGCUCUAAUAAGCCAGCUAAAAUAUUUCGUAUAGCGGCACGUAAUGAAAAAGGUUACGGGCCAGCUACACAGGUCAGGUGGUUACAGGAUCAAACGCCUGGUAGUGGUGGUCACACACCGAAAAAGAAUGCAAAUGGCAGUAAUCAAUCACCUAAGACAGACAGUGGUGUUAUCUCGCCAAGUAAGCGAUUUAAACCAAACAAACCCACUUAAGGAUUUAAAUUAACUAUAUUUGGACAAAUUUCUCGUCAACUAACGAAACACUUUUGAAUGAAAUUUAGUUUAUGGGAAU